AUGGCGGAGGUGGUGCAGCAGCGCAUAGAGGAGCGCAUCCCGGAGUUGGAGCAGCUGGAGAGAGUGGGGCUGUUCACUAAGAAAGAAGUCAAAUCAAUAAUUAAAAGAGCAACAGCCUUGGAAUAUAAGCUCCAUCGUUUGAUGUUAAACAAGGAGGACUUCAUCGCUUACAUUCAGUAUGAAAUUAACGUUUUGGAGCUCAUCAAGAAAAGAAGAGCUCACAUUCGCUACAAUUAUAAAAGAGAAGAAAUAGAAUUUCCAAUCAUCGCCAGAAUAAACAGUAUUUUCAAGAGAGCAACUAAUAAGUGGAAGAAUGAUGUGCAGCUAUGGCUUUCACAUGUAGCUUUCUGUAAGAAAUGGGGAACCAAGCCUCAAACCAGCAAGGUCUUCUCAGCCAUGCUUGCCAUACAUCCUGACAAACCAGCAUUGUGGAUCAUGGCUGCCAAAAGUGAGCUGGAGGAUCGUGAUUCUUCUGAAAGUGCCAGACAUCUUUUCCUCAGAGCAUUGCGCUUUCACCCAGAUAGCACAAAGGUGUACCAAGAGUACUUCCGAAUGGAGUUGCUGCACUGUGAGAAGCUGAAGAAGCAGAAGGAGGAACUGGAAAAGGCACAGAUGGACUUGGGUGAAUACGAGUUUUCAUCUGAAAUCCUGAGUGGGAAAUUGGCUGCAGUGGUAUACAAAGAUGCUACUGGAAAAAUUAAAGAAGCAGAGUUUGUCAUCUCACUUCUAAAAAUUGCAGCCAUUUUUGACUUUACCAGAGAACUACAGGACUCCAUUUUACAAGAUUUACAGACUAAUUACACGGAGGACAGCGUGACUUGGGAUUUCAUGGCAAAGCGAGAAUUGGAAGCUCCUGGGGCCGGGGAGGAACUUCAGACGGCGAAAGGACGUGCCUCAGACAUUAACAGGAGAGAAGUGCGCUGCUGCCAAGUCUACGAGGAAGCAGUGAAGAGCCUGAACACGGAACCUAUGUGGACGUGCUUUGCGUCAUUCUGCUUGGAAAGACACAAAAGGAAAACCAAUGUCCAAGAACUGAAAGAAAAGAGACAAGAGAGGUUGGUGGACGUACUGCAGCGUGCCCAUAGCUAUCAAUUGUUACAAGAACAGUUCUACAAAAACUGGCUGCAGAUACUACUUUCGAAAGGAGACGCGGAGGGAGCGACCAGUGUUGCCAUGGCAGCAACGCAAAGAUACGGCCAGUCUGUUUCCAUGUGGAGCUUGAGUCUUCAGACCCUGAUGCAUCUUGAGAGCGAGAAUGUGGGAAAGCUUUUCCAAGAAGCACUCACAAACGUGAAUCCUAAGGAGAGUCUGCCUCUGUGGCAACUGGAGCUUCAGUGGAGCAUGGACAGGCAGAGCACUGAACAAACGGAAGCUGUCUUUAAGCGUGGUCUUCUGUCUACUGUACCAGCUGUAGCCAUGGAAAUGAAAGACUGCUUCCUUGAUUGGUCCUACUCCACAGGGGGCUAUAAGAAAGCAAGGCAAACUUUUACCAGUUUACAUGAAAUUCGGCCCUUGUCCAAAACUUUCUUCACCAGGAUGAUUGAAAUAGAAAAAGAGCAGGAAAUUCCAAAAAUAAACUAUUUACGAGACUAUUAUGAGAGAGCUCUGCAGGAGUUUGGCACCUCAGAUGAAGGUCUCUGGCUACAGUACAUUCUGGAGGAGCAGGGACCACUGGGGCAGCCAGAGAACUGUGGGAAGAUCCACUGGAGAGCCAUGAAGUUUCUGGAGGGAGAGAGUGUGGAGCGAUUCACCUCAAAGUACACACUUCUACAGACUGGACACUUGUGA